ACUCCCUACUUCUUAGUACUGUUGAUGAGCGCCUACUCAGGAAUAGUCCGCCAGUCAGAUUUAACAGGGUGACUCGAGUACACGACAUCCAGUGGUCGUCACCACUUUGAAAAGGACCGUUUCAAAGAUUCAAAGGCAAGGUGGUGCGACAGCAAAAGCAACCAGGACUUCCCGUUGAUCGUGACAACGAGGGGUCCCUCCGGGUGCCCCCGACAUUCGAUGCUCCUUAAACACCAUGCACCGGAUCUGGUGUGGACUUAAAACUGCCCUUUAAGAGCGCCGAACCUCUCCCGUCCCUUCGCCUGCCGUCCCAGCACGUGCCGAGAUGACCAAGGUAGCGGCGUGGUCCGCCGAGGAUGUGGCAGACUGGCUGAGCAAAGAAGGCAUGCCGGAGUACAUCGACGCGCUCGGCCGGCCGGACGGCGCCGCCCUCCUGCGGCUCACGCAUUCCGACUUCCGCGCGCUGCCGGUCCUGCUGGUGUCGUCGGACGGCGGGCAGCGUCUGCUGGAGCGCCUGGAGACACUGCGGUUCGAGACCCACAUGGAAGCGCACAGGAACGGCCACGCCAACGGCCACGCCGGCGGACUGCCCAACGGGACGGCGGAAGCGCAGAGGAACGGCGCCUUGCGGACAGCGGAGAUGGUGCACAUCCCCAUCCCUCCGAUGGAGGCCUCGCGCACGUCCUUCCCGCCCGAGUGGGGCAAGACGGGCGUGGCGUUCGUCUACGCCGUGGUGUGCUUCGUCACCACCACCAUCGUGAUCUCGGUGGUCCACGAGAGGGUGCCGCCCAAAGAGCACACCCCGCCGCUGCCCGACAAGUUUUUUGACCUGUUCAACAGGGUCGAAUGGGCCUUCUCCAUCUGCGAAAUUAACGGCAUGCUGCUGGUGGCGCUGUGGCUCGUCCAGUGGGCUGUCCUCAAGCACAGGUCAAUCAUAGGCAGGCGCUUCUUUUUCAUCGUGGGUACACUGUAUUUGUAUCGGUGCAUCACCAUGUACAUCACCACUCUGCCCGUCCCCGGGAUGCACUUCAAAUGCUCUCCCAAGCUUAUGGGAGACUGGGAAGCACAGAUGAGGAGAGUGAUGAAGAUGAUUGCCGGCGGAGGCCUCUCCAUCACGGGCUCCCACACCAUGUGCGGAGAUUACCUGUACAGCGGUCACACGGUCAUGCUAACGCUAACAUACCUCUUCAUCAAGGAGUAUUCCCCCAGACGGUUCUGGUGGUACCACUGGUUCUGCUGGACCUUGAGCGCCGUGGGAGUCUUCUGCAUCCUUCUGGCGCAUGACCACUACACUGUGGAUGUGGUGGUGGCCUACUUCAUCACUACACGCCUCUUCUGGUGGUACCACACCAUGGCGAACCAGCAGUCGCUGAAAGAGACGUCGCAGAGUAACUUUUUCUCGCGGGUGUGGUGGUACCGGCCCUUCCAGUACUUGGAGGAGAACGUCAGCGGCAUCGUGCCCCGCUCCUACCAGUUGCCGCCGUGGGUACGGACCGUGCAGUGGAACCGCGGCGUCGUGUACACCCGGCUGGACGUCCAGUGACGCUCGUCACGACAGGCAGGACUGUGAAUUCCAAAAGUGCUGUUUUUGUUUUUUUGAAAGGAGGAACGUACUGCUUUGAUGUAGCGCAGUCCUUCCCCUCCUCCCUCUAAAAGCAGGUGAUCCCUCUGUUAGUUCUCCUGUCCCUGUCCCCUCCUUUGUUUUUAUUUCUGUUGUCGUUCUCUGCAGGUAGUCUCGUUUCUUUUUCUUUCUUCCAAUAUUUCAUUCUUUUUGUGUGUCACGUUAGAAUUUAUAGCCUUUUAAAAAAAAUAAUCUCUGUAAUAUUAACGUAUCUAAAGAGUCGUUCGCCCCCUCUUGGACUCUGCACAAAAUCAUAUUAAAUGUCUUCAGGCUUUUUCUCUUUCCCAAUUAUAGCUGUCCAAUUAAAAAAAAUCCAUCUUUUUCUUUUUUCUAAAAAAAAAAAAAAAAAAGAAAAUCACCACAAAGUCAAAUUUUGUUUUAAAUUAAGAAAUUUGCUUAUUUUUUUGUUGGACAGCAACUAUAUUUAAGUUAAUGUCACCUGCGUUUGUUUUUUUCAAAAUAAUUUCCGUGUUUGUAAUAUAAACGAGUCAAAGGUGCAAAUAACUAUUUUUUCUAAGCAUUUUAUUUUUCGAAAAAAAAUCCACCAAAAAAAUUAUCGUUUUGUUUUCUUAAAAAUUUUUACUUUUUUCAAAAUAUCCUAAGGAUCUAUAACAAAAUAACACAGUGCCUUUACUUGCUUGAUUGUGUAACAACUUCAAGUACCGCGUGUCUUGCCUACCUUGGGCUACAUUGCAGUCGCAAGGGGUCCCAUUUUGUUCCCGUGAAUGUAACCCCGCCCCCCCACACCAAAAAAAAAAAAACAAAAGAUAUCAAAUGCCAGCCUUCCUGCUACGUAGAUUGGGCUUCCCCAAAUUACUGUUAUGUCCCGCCUUUGUGUUUAUUGACGCUUUUCAUUCACGCUUUGAUGACAGAAAAUAUGACUGUUAUUAUUGUUUUUAUAAUGUCCGUCUCAUUUCAUUUAUUGAGUUAAGUCUUGAAGCAAACAACACCAGCGCUAAAGAGGGGCACAUGCUUACUGCUUAAUACGGAAAGUGUAUUUUACUGCUCUUGUCACACACCUUGUCGAUGGAAAAGCAAAGUGUGGAGAGUCUCUGUUUUGAGUACAAUCAAUGAAUGAGUGUUCGCCAUGCUGAAAUUUGCCCUAAAUAUCAGUUUGCGUGUGCCCCUUUUAAGCAUCACUUGAGAAUGUUCGCAGAAGAUUAAAGUAGUUUACAGAGUGGAACAGUAGCAGUGACUGAAAUGCUUCUGAAUGUGCUUCAUACACAGUGUAGAGCUGGGGAACCUACCUCAGAGGAACUGUUAGAAAACAAAACAAAAAUCUCCAUUGUUGGGUCAUCUGCUACGCGCCAAAAAUUACCGAUAUUUUUGUGUGUAGUAUAUUUUAUUUAUUCUCUUUUUAAAUCAAAAGUUCCCCUCUCCUGCUCUUCCCAUUUAAAUUUGGAGAUUUUUACUCUAGUCCUCGAAACAAUACUGACAAAACAAUCCACGUGUGAGGCAUCGCGAAAGGGACAUCAAGAUGGCAAUGUGAACGGAACAGCAAAUGUGAAAAACGUCCUGAUUUAAUGAUCCCUUGACAGUCAAAGGCUAAAAACCUGAUUAUUUAAUUUCAAGUUCCAACGCCUUGAUACGUUACAGCUAAACUACAAAUGCUUUUUUUGCUCCUUCUUCUAUCGAGCUUUUCAAAGGGACUUUUUUUUGUGACUUUGCACAUAGCUCAAAAAGCUUGGCAGUGUUUUUACAGACGUUGUCCUAUCAUCUCUUUGUUCUCCACAAGAGCACAACAUGUUCCUCAUGUGCAGUCAUUUAGUGAUUAGGCUGAAGUAAUUGUCCAAAUUGGACUGUAAUAAUGUUUGAUGAAAGGCGGAGAAGACAUUAGUCUCUUCGGUUUGCCAAUCAAGCUUUUUUUUUUUUUUCCUGUCAUUUUGUUUUUAAUGAUCCUUGUGUUCAUCUGUACACGCAGUUUGUCCCGUUUUGUGCAUAUGCCAUAUAUUUGUAAGAUACGAUAAAUCUACAUGGGGACGCCCUUGAAUAAAAAGGUUUUACUAUA